AUGAGGACCUCAUUUGCUGCAUUGCCGACCUUGCCAGGGUCAACCCAAGCCCCUCUUGCCGAUGCUGCAUCUAGUUAUGUUGCCAGCGACACUAAAGACCAAGAAUAUCUAUUUGCAUCCGAAGAGACAGAGCCCUGGGUUAUCAGCCCAAGAGUUCAGAAUGCCUGGGAUACCCUUCGAGCAAUCAAGCCCGCUGCCUCGCAUAUCGAAAAGCCCAGCGGUUUACUCGGAUACACAUUACAUUACGGCCGCGAAGCCUUCCGGAUACUGUUCAUGAAUGGGCCCACCACUGGAAAAGCCGAUCGGAGGGCUAGCCCGAUCGUUGCAAGAGCUGUAGAGGAACUGAAGGCAGCAGCGCAAGAAGAUGAAGACCCGGACGCGGUUUUUCUUCUCGCGGAGAUGAAUUUCUAUGGCAACUUUUCCCAUCCGCGCAACUUCACCGAGGCCUUCUUGUGGUACAGUAAAUUGGCAUGGCUUGAGGGCAACAGUACGGCCCAGUCGAUGAUUGGAUUUAUGUAUGCGACAGGGAUCGGCAAUGCGGUUGAGCGCGACCAAGCGAAAGCGUUGAUGUACCACGAGUUUGCUGCGGAGGGAGGAAACACACGCUCAGAGAUGACGCUAGCAUAUCGCUAUCACACUGGUAUUGGAACACCCAAGGACUGCGAGCAUGCCGUCGUUUAUUAUAAGCGAGUGGCCGACAAGGCAAUGGACUACUAUCGGUCUGGCCCACCGGGCGGUCGUGAUAUGAUCAGGGAGUCUUAUCGUUGGGCUGAUGAGGAGGGAGGCGUCUACGGAGAUGGAGCUAGUGUGUCAAGCUCCGGGCACAAUGCUAAGGACCAGAAUAAAGCAACCCAAGAGUCCAGCGUGGAGGAUGUUCUGGAGUUCUUGGAUCUCAUGUCCCGCAAAGGCCAACUGUCGGCUACUUACUCUUUAGGCAAGAUGUACUACGAUGGUGCUCGUGGCCUGCCUCGCAAUUUCCCAAAGGCCAUGAAGUAUUUCAAAGCCAUCACCACCAAAUACUGGAAAAAAGAUGGUUCCAUUAUGCAAAGCCCCCCUGCUGGACUCGACAAGGCGGCUGCAAAAGCAGCAGGACAUAUUGGCCUCAUGUUUCUUCGCGGUGAGGGUGUGAAGCAGGAUUUCUCCCAUGCGCUAUUCUGGUUCAAACGAGGCGUGGUGAACGCGGAUGCUCUUUGCCAGUACCAGAUUGGCUUGAUGUAUCUUCAUGGUCAUGGUGUCCCCCAGGACGCCUACAAGGCCUCUACAUACUUCAAAGCGGCAGCAGAGCAAGAUAAUCCAGCCGCCGAAACGCGACUGGGUGCAUUGUUCUUGGAUCAAGGCGACGUAACUAUUGCGGCACGCUAUUUUGACAUCGCUGCCCGGCACGGGUGGAUGGAGGCAUACUACUACCUCGCGGAGAUGGCCAACUCUGGGGUUGGCAGACAAAGACAUUGUGGCGUGGCUGCGGCGUAUUACAAGAUGGUCGCUGAAAAGGCAGAGGAGCUGCACUCGGCCAUUUCUGAGUCCAACAUGGCCUACGAGGCUGGUGAAAAGGAGCGCGCUCUCGUUUCGACGAUGAUGGCUGCAGAGCAGGGAUACGAGAACGCCCAAGCAAAUGUAGCUUAUCUUCUGGACGAGCAGCGGUCUUUGUUCUCUUUGGAUGCUAUCCUACCGUGGGGCCAGCAGGCCCGCCCUUCGUUACUGCGUAAUACCGCGCUCGCAUUGAUCUACUGGACUCGGUCGGCCAAGCAAGCGAACAUCGACUCUCUGAUCAAGAUGGGAGAUUACUACCUUGCUGGCACGGGCGCCAUCUCCGAUGCUGAGAAGGCGUCUACCUGCUACCAUAAUGCUGCAGAGGCCCACCACAGCGCACAGGCAUACUGGAAUCUGGGAUGGAUGCAUGAGAACGGGGUGGCUGUGGCACAGGAUUUCCACAUGGCCAAGCGGUACUAUGAUCUGGCAUUGGAGACUAAUAAGGAGGCUUACUUGCCUGUAAAGCUAAGCCUGCUCAAGCUGCGAGCUCGGGGAUAUUGGAACCGUAUCACGAACGGCAACAUUAAUCCCAUCCGUGAUGAUGAAGAAGCGAAACCCCGUCGCACCUUUACAGAAUGGCUCUCUGCGUUCAUUGAAAAUGACGAAGCUGCCUAUUACCAAGAGCUCUACGAGGCCCAUGCUGAUGAUGAUGACUUUAUGGGAACGCGUGGCUUGGAGUCCGAUCACGACGACGGCUACGCCGACCUAGAGUUUGACAUUGAUGACGGUAUGCUUGAGGGUCUGCUCAUAGUUGGAUUAGCAGCAACUCUUCUAGUGCUGGUCUACAUCCGACAGCAGCAACAGCGGAACCGGCAGAAUCAGAACGCUGCGAACCAGGCAAAUGGCAAUGCAAAUGCAAACGCAAAUGCGAACGUGAAUGGCAAUGGCAAUGACCGGGGCUUUUUCCCGCAACCUGGUGAUCCUGAAUUUGGGCAAUGGGUGGCUGGUGGUCCAUUCAAGUCACCCAUGCGCAGACCUGUCUCCACGGAUGCAUCCAAUUUGAUGCCUUUGACGUCAGAACCAGCCACUCCGAACAAGUCCCACCUAGCCUCUCCAGGCAAAACCAAACAAACCCAGCCAGUUGCAACUACGCCGAGAUUAUCAGCUUUCCGUCGCCGAGUCUCAGGAUCCACUGGUUUGACCACACCAACACGAGCCCCAGCUGACCCUGAGAUCUUAGAGUUACAGAAACAGCAACUCGCUCUCCAAUCACGAAUAGCCACUCUACGCACUGACCAAGAGACGAUCGAACAAGCACUCCGACUGGAAUCAUCCAACAAAGACACAGAACUCGAAGCAUUGAUCAUCAAAUGGCGUUGUGCCGGUCAAGAAGCAGCUGAGGAAGUCUUUGCCAAUGCCCAAGAGCGCGUGACUCGGAUGGGUGGAAUGGCGGCCUGGAUGGAUCGGAGCAAACGUGAUGCCGUGCGAUGGGAUGAUGAGAAGCCACAGGAUCAGAAUAUGUCGAAAUGGAAGGAUGAUCGAAGCCCUCAAGAUGAAGAGACAGAUCAGGAAUUCACGAUGGGAUAUAUGCUUAAGACACUCAAUAUCGAGCACAAGACAAUCGGAUAUGAUCCGGUGACGGGGAAUUGGAUUCGAGGAAUUACCUGA